AUGGUCAACAUUGAGUAUAAUAAAGCAAGGAAAUUUGAAGGACUUAAAGGACCACUCCGGGACAAAGUGAAUCUUUUCAAGUUUUCUACAUAUGCAGAAGUCUUAGACAGGGCGAUUAUGGCUGAGCUGAAUGCUAGUGAUGAACAGAAAUCCAAAGAAUGGUUUAACAGGAGACAAGGGUAUGAUACAAGAAAGAGACCAACAAAUCUACCAAUCAAGAAGCCAAGUGGAUCUAGUGAUAGUUUAAGCAACAUACCGGUAGUAAGGGAAUUUUUAGAUGUGUUUCCUGAUGAUCUAUCGGACACUUUGAUUGAUAGAGAAAUUGAGUUUACAGUUGAUGUUGCGUUGGGAACUCAACCAAUUUCUAAGACUCUUUACAAAAUGUCGCCAGCAAAGCUAAAGGAGUUGAAAAUUCACUUGCAAGAUUUAGAGUUGAAUAAUGUGACUAUUAAGAAUAAAUACUCGUUGCCAAGAAUUGAUGAUUUGUUUGAUCAACUUCAAGGGGCACAAAUCUCCUCCAAAAUUGAUUAUAGAUCAAGUUAUCAUCAACUUAAAGUUAAGGCAGAGGAUGUUGAGAAGACAACGUUUAGAACCAGGUAUGACCAUUAUGAGUUUUUGGUUAUACCAUUUAGGGUUACUAAUGCUCCUGCAGCAUUCAUGGAUUCAAUGAAUAGGAUUUUUAAGCCUUAUUUGGAUGAAUUUGUUAUAGUUUUCAUUGAUGACAUUUUGAUUUACUUUAAAAGUGAGGAGGACCAUGAACAACAUUUAAGAUUGAUCUUUCAAACUCUUAGAGAUAAACAGUUGUAUGCAAAAUUAAAGAAGUGUUAUUACAUGAGGUUUGUCAAGGACUUCUCCAAGAUAGCAGUGCCGCUCACCCAGUUGGCACAGAAGGGUUAUGCUCGGGAUCCUUCCCACAUGAUUGAUUAUCAACGCUUGGUUAUUGAUGAAGACUUACAGUAUGAGGAACAAACCAUUCAAAUAAUUGAUCGCCAAGUAAAGCAACUUCGGAAUAAAGAAAUACCUAUGGUAAAGGCUAUAUGGAAGGAGCACUAUGGAAGGGAGGGAUGCUACUUGGGAAAAAGAAGAUGA